UUAUAUCAAAAGUUGCUGACAUACCUAUAUAAUAUAUUUUCGCCAAUAAUACUAUUGUUAUCUGUACCGCAAUCGGCAAUAUGAAUAUAUUAAUAAUAUGAUCAGCUAUGAUAAACUGAUAACUGAUAAGAGAUUACUGACAACGAAAAUUCAAUGUGUUUCGUUUUCGUCAAAAAAGAACCGAAUCUGAGUUUUAAAUGUUAUUCGAAAAUUGAAAAUAUUCGUUUACCAUACGUCUGACGUUGGAUAUUUAGACAAAAAUUAUAAUGAGGAAGUUUAAGUUAAACGUGACUUCGGAUUUUUUGGUCAACUCGUUGUGUACUAUAACGAUAGGCACGGGAGUAUUAGAAUUCACUGCAAAUACCUUUCUAAAUCAUUAUAUAAAAUCAUACAAAGAAGCGUUCAAAAACGGUAAUCCAAUUAAGUUAAGUGAAUCACUGAAAAAAAGAUACGAUGAGGUUGUUAAAGAUAUUAAGUUAACAGAAUUCCAAAUGGCGUUUGUAGCACCUUUUGUGGUUGAUAGUUUAAAACCAACGAAUAUAGGAUGCAUAAAUACUCGCAGUGGCGCAUACAUUGGAAUACCAAAUUACUUUGAAUGCAACUCUGUUGAUGAAUUACAAAGUUUAGAUUCUGAAGAAAUUCAGCAAGUCAACAUUAACCCCGAGUAUAGUGAACAAUUAAUGAAAACAUUAACUCUUAGUGAGUCUGCAAAAAAAUAUGCUAUUGCUCAUGAAUUAAUUAACACAGACAAUAUACGGUUAUAUAUUCAAGCUGUCACACCUACACUGGUUUUAAUGCCAAUGUAUGCCGUAGGCCACACAGUAUUUAGUUCUUUGCCUGCAAACCCUUCGUCAAUUAGAGCAUUCGCAUUUUUCAUUUUUUGCAACAUUGGAAUGUGGUUCUAUUAUAUUAUUCGAAAAAAUAUUAACGAUUACUAUCAACAUGACACGGAUACGGUAAUUAGUGAAAUGGGUGACGAGUAUAUCAAAGGUGGGUUGGAAUAUUAUGACAAAUUAAUUCAAAGAAACAUUAUCUUGAGGAAUAUACUACCAAACGGUGAUAGAAUCUACUCCGAAAAAGGUGAUGAAAUUGGAUUUUUUGCCGAAUUAGCAUUUACAUAUAGGAAAAAACAUCUCGAACGUAACUUAAAAAAGUUGGCUGAAAAAAAUACUGAAGAACUACCAUUAUAGUAAUAGUAGGUUGUUUAUUUAAAGUUAGUUAUUUAAUAGAUAUGAGUUUUUUUAAAAGUCUAUGUUUAUAAAACAUAAUUAUUAUAAUAAAACUAAUAAGAUGA